AUUCUAAAUUUUUUUUUUGACGCAGCGUCCAAUACUCCAGUUGGACGUUGCGACCGAGAUCCAAUUGUUGUAUUUAAAAAUAAACAAAAACAAUUCUUAUUUAGUUCAUUUCCACAAACUGCAGACUCCGAAUCAAUUUCCUCCCUAAAUACAAAUCAAAGACAAUACCAACCAGAGCCUAACGGCAAUAUGAAGUCUAAAGAUUUUGGAAAUGGUGAUGGGGAGUUGGACAUGCUUUUUGGCUUUUUUGUAAUGAAUGGCGCCUGUAUUGUGUUUUUUCUACUCUUUGGUGUUUGUGUAAUUUGUAAUUGCGCAGCCAGAAAACCAAAAUUUCACGGCAGCAAAGAAAAGAAAAUUAAAAAACCUACAGUGUCCAGACUUGUCGCGGCAAUGGCCCCAACAGGUUUUGGUCAACGCUCAACUACCAAAGUCCCAUCAACAACUAAAAAGACAACAGAUAUUGCCAAUAAUCUUAAUCCAAACUCAACAAAUAGUCGUCGCGGGUCAUCAGCAUCGAUUGUUCUUGAAAUUAAUGGAAAUGGAGGUUCUGGAGUAUUUACAGCACGGACUGGUCUAAUGACUGCUCAGCCACCCUCUAAUAGAUCCUUUAGGAAUCUAGUAGCCAAAGCAAUGGCAUCAGCCAAAAUAAAUUCAACAACAACAACAAAUAACCAAGAAAUACCCCAAUCUCCAAAGGAUAAUCAACAGUCUAGAUCAAACACAAAUUCGCCUACAACAAACAGAAGAAUGUCUGGAGGAACUCCUUUAUUAGCAAUUAAUAAUAAUUUAAAUAAUUCUGCUGAUGAACAGAAUAAUAAUGACUGUUGCCCCAAUGGAAUGCAUGUCUUUGAAUUGCCAGUGGAGGUAGAAGUUCAUCAUUGUACUCCUCCCAACAAUGAAACAAAAAAUAAAAAAUUAACAACAAAAUUACCAAAUUCAGUUUCUGUUCCUUUAAAUUUGGUUUCAGAACCUCAAUCAACCUUCGCAGACUUACAACAAACUUGUUUGGCAGAACAAAGCCAAUUUGUUGUUAGAAGGGAGGGAGUUAGUGCAUCAACAGCUUGGAUAGGUAGUCUCUAA